CCAAUCUGGAAACUAGGAAGAUGAAGCUCUCGGUGCGGGUCCUUGCCAUCCUCUUCCUUGCUGUUGCCCUUGGAAAGCAGGUCCAAAUCAUUCAUGAACCCGUGGAUAUAAAGGAGAACAUUAUAUUCUCUAUGAAUACAGGAUCACAUCAUCCCCCUGAUUGCUGCUCCUCUACAUCCUACUUCAACCGAAAAAUCCCAUGUGCAUUAAUGGAGAACUAUUUUGAAACGAGCAGUGGGUGCUCCCAGCCUGGGGUUAUCUUCCGCACCAAGAAGAAGAAGCUUAUCUGUGCCAACCCUCUUAAUGAGGAUGUUAAGAACUGCAUGAUGUUCCUAAAGGAACACUCAGAGACUGUGGACCUGAGAAAAAUGAGACUUAUUUGAAGAAAAAACUACCAGGCACCAGCCACUUCACUUUCACCUCUCUUGGCCCAACUACCUCCUGAGAGUUCCUUGGUUUAAACUGGUUUUUGAAGCAACAAUUACAGUAUGUUCUGGUUAUAAAAGCAAUGUGUUAACAA